AAGGGUGUUGAACUCUGUAGAGCGAAGGAGCGGUGUGUGAUCGGUUCAUGCUCAAAUAGAUUUACAGCAAGUUUUAUCGGCAAAAAGUUUGCCAAAAUGUCGAAUGCGAAGGAAAAGCAAUUGGGGUUACAUAAAGUGAUCAUGGUCGGCAGUGGUGGGGUUGGAAAGUCUGCACUUACCCUGCAGUUCAUGUAUGAUGAGUUUGUUGAAGAUUACGAGCCCACCAAAGCCGACAGUUAUAGGAAAAAAGUUGUUUUAGACGGAGAAGAGUGUCAAAUAGACAUUUUAGACACAGCAGGACAGGAAGAUUAUGCUGCUAUACGUGAUAAUUAUUUUCGGAGCGGGGAAGGAUUUCUUUGCGUGUUCUCAAUCACUGAACCAGAGUCAUUUGAAGCGACAUCAGAAUUUAGAGAGCAGAUUCUUCGCGUGAAGGGAGACGACGAACAUAUACCUUUCUUGCUGGUUGGAAACAAGGCUGAUUUAGAAGAUAAACGGCAAGUAACAGCCGACGAAGCUCAGUCGAAGGCGAAGGAGUGGAACGUAGCUUUUGUUGAAACGUCAGCUAAAACAAAAGCGAACGUUGACAAAGUAUUCUUUGAUCUUAUGAGGGAAAUUAAAUCGCGGAAAGAGGACGGCUUGAAACCAGUGAAGGACAAUAAAAGAAAAAAGAAAAAGAAGUGUGUAAUUUUGUAAAUCUAUGGCCAACUUACUUGAAAUAUUGUAAAUUCGUAUGCGAACUUUGUAUCUGUGACCCAGUUCUUUACCUACUCCUUCAUGAAGGGGUGGUCGACUGCGGAAACUACUACUUUCUUCCCUGUUGAAAUAUUGUUAUAUUUUCAACCUGGUACUUAACGAGUUUGAAACUGGUCAAAGGAGAAUAUGUUAAUAUUGUGUAUUACAUUGAAUACAUUUAUUUUCAAGGAAGAAAUUCAUCUUGAUUUAUCUUUAAAUUUCCAAGUUACCAGUAAAUUUUUCUCCUAUUACACAGGAGGAUUCUGGCGAUGAAAUUAGGAAUGAUUUGACUUGACAGCCUUGGUCAUCAUCAUGUAUUCUCAAAAAAAAAUUCAGGGCAUUAGUUGUAUUGCUGAGAAAAAGUACCAAAUUAAAAGAGCUUGAACUGAGAGUAUUGAGAUGAAUAUGAAGACAGUUUUCAAUUAUUGUGUUACAAAGUGUUCAUAAAUAACAGUGACAUUGUAAAUAAUUUUUGUUGUCUUGAAUUGCAAAUUCAAAUCAUAGACUCGAGACAUUUUAGUUUUUUAACACACUGUGGCAGACCACUCAAUGUCAUUUAGCUUACUGUUGCAACUGAAUCAUGGCAUCUUGUUGGAAUUAAAGCAGUUUGUCAUUUCAAUGUAUAGUCAGUUUUCUUGAUUCUGCUUCUCUGGUAUGUUUAUUUUACUCAGGUGACAUUUUAUCAUUUGUCUUGUGGUUUAGUCAAUUCUUAGGAAGUGACAACACCACAAGACGAAUCAUAGUACUUCAUUUCUAUUGUAUUCACCAGAGUUAGGAAUGACCACCCUUUUUGCAAUAUUUCUCUAGUGAUGAUAGAGCUGUCCUUUCUCUAAUUGGCUAAGGAUUGUGCCAUACCUUGCUAUAAUUACUACCCCAUGCAAGGUGAUUAUCAUCACUACAGCAGUUAUUUCUAAAUAGCUGUUUGCUUCUUCUUAAUAUUCUUGAAGAAGCAAGGACAAUUCUAAACACUUCAAAAAUGAAUAUAAUCAUUUCUCAUGAUGUGGUCACUUCAAAUGCAGAUCAUGGCUUUUGCAGACCUGAGGAAGACUAUUAGUAUGCAGUCAGAUUGUUGCAAUCCAUGUGCAAGGUGACUACAUCAUGAGACUAACAAUUAUAAUUCUCCUUUGAAGUAUUAGUUACCAGGAUGACAAACCACAACUCAUUUAACGACCAUUCUAAACAGUUGCCUUGAUAGUCACUGAAGUUAUCAAAUAUUUUCUUUAAGCUCAGUGAGUGAUCCCCCACAGCAUUCAUAUCAUUUGAAAGUAUUCAUUGAAACUGAGAAGAGUAAUAUGCACCCCAAGUCAGGUCUAGAAGGAAACUGUCAGUUGUGCUUCAAUUGUAGUCUUUGCUUUGAGCCAGAUGCCACCAGCCUCUCUUAUUCUCUAAUCUCACUCUUCCUGGACAAUGAUAUUAUUCACAUAUGCGAAUUCUGUGUGGUAAACAUUUUUAAUGUUCUUAUGAAAGAUAGACAAGCUAAAAGCUUACAGAAGUGUUAAUGCUUGUGAAUGGUAAGCAUAGUAUUGUUUGCAGUAGGAGCUAUGCUGGGUAUGAGCCGUUUAUUUCUAUAACAGCAAUUCAAGUUAAAAUUUAGGUUCAGAGAACACAAGGAUCACAAAGCAAAGUCCCUUCAAGUAAACACAGCUCCAAAGUAUACUUGAACAAAGUGGGAUUCCUAAUGUUAUGACCAUGUAUAGUGCUGGUAAAAUUACCUGCUCAAGUCUAACAAAAUUUUAUCAUGCCACAAAAUGAUUGCUGUAUUUCAGAGACAAUAAUGGCUAGAAUGUAAAAUAAAUUAUUUUGCCACCACAUCUGCCGUUCAUGUGUUGGUUACCUAACUCUCAAAUCAGAAAAUCUCUGUUUUAUUAGCAUUUAACAACUAAAUAUCCUACCUAAUAAAGAAAAUGUGCCAAGUGA